ACGCUUUGCGAGACCGUUCUCUCUCCUCCCGGUAAACUUUCCAUUUUGGUCGUUAUACGACAGUCUUAUCAUAUUAUUGGUUUAAUAGACGUAUCGCUUUAAGCAUGCAAUCUAUCUGUAGGUUUUGGGAGAUAUGUCUAAGACCGUUUCGCUCUAGCGCCAGUGCUGGACCCGUGCCACUGCCGUAGUACCUCGAAACCCAACUCAUUCCGAGCAGGUUAGGCGGCUGCGUCUCGGACAGUGUGACACAUUACUUACUGGUGGUGGCGAAGGAGAGGGGUGUGCUUUAUCCGGACAGCGGUUCAAUUUCCUUCUCUCUUUAUUCUACGCUUGAGACAGGACAGAGAAAGGAAAAUGCAUCUGGCGCUCUGAGAACGAUAGGAAGAAAGUGGAGUUAUGAACCAACGGUGUACAAGGACAUAACUACAGAGAAACAGAACGUCUGUCAGAAGAGCACAAGAAGGAAUAGCGUUUGAAGAAAGAACAAAACGUUUAAAACUACAUCGAUUGAGAGAAAUGAGCACCUUGUGACAGAUGGAUGUUGAUCCGUCUCUCCGGAAAUGUGGAGCGGCAGUGAAUGAACGAGUGAGGUGGAAGUGGAGAGCGAUACCGGUGGAGGACAGGUCAGCACUAGCCGUAAAAGGGACGAGAGUGGAGGUUGGCACAUCAUCGCUUGGGGGUUGAUGGAUACGGCGUGCGUGCGCGCCCUCCUGUGUGCCAGUGAUUCCGAUAUGGAAACAAUAGCAUUCUGAAAAAUGACAGCUAGGAUCUGGGGUUUUAAUUCAAAAUGGAAUAUAAUAACAGAACACUUCAUUAAUGGACAACAUUGAACUUCUCAGUGCCUCCUCAACGUUCAACUUCUAAAGACGACCAUACUGGAAUAUCUCCUGGAAAACACACAGUCUGGUUUCCAGCCCUACCAGCCAGUUUAAGCCUGCCCAUCAAAAAACACAUUCACGUCUUAGAGCGACAUCCUUUCCUCUUGAUCUCCUCUUUAAGGGAUAACAACAACCGAAGUGGACUCAAUACCUUUCAGUGGACCUAACCUGAAGUAACCUUGCUGUGACCUUAACACCCCAACUGUGACCUUAACCGUUCAGUUCAGCCCAAGCAAACCCUAACCCUCUGGAUGUCUCUCUAGGACUUUCUAACUGGACAACCUUUUUGACUUUCCAUAAAACCCUUUUUUUUUUUUACCUCAGCCAAGCCAACCUCAAGUCUCCCAAUGCAUUGUGGGCCUCCGAGUAUGCACAUUGCCUCCCUCUGGUGGUGAGAGAAAUUUGUGUAGGUCCAGACAGGACCUUCCUAGGAUGGGAGCCCCAGGAGGUGUAGCCCUACUCGGGGGUUUCGGAUCCUCCACCACAGCUUCUUUAGAGGUAGGGGGCUGGAUGGUUUGGCCAGGGGGAAAUAAAUCCACUUACCUUGGACUCAACCAGAGUCUACCCUGGGGAGCAGACAGUAACCUGACAUCGGGAUCGUCGCAGGCAGAGGUGGUGUCACGAGCAGCGGCCAUGAAGGAGAAGAACUGGCCGGCGCUCCUCAUCCUGGUCAUCAUAGCACUGACUGUGGGUGGUAACAUCUUGGUGAUCCUUGCCGUCUCAUUGGAGAAGAAGCUUCAGAACGCUACCAACUUCUUCCUGAGGUCACUGGCUGUGGCCGACAUGCUAGUGGGAAUCCUCGUGAUGCCCAUAUCACUUAUCAAUAUCCUCUAUGACUACGCAUGGCCUCUGCCCAGUGCUCUUUGUCCUAUCUGGAUCUACCUGGAUGUCCUUUUCUCCACGGCCAGUAUAAUGCAUCUGUGUGCUAUCUCUCUGGAUCGAUACGUGGCUAUACGGAACCCUAUAGAGCACAGUCGCUUCAACUCCAGAACCAAGGCCAUGAUGAAGAUAGCAGCUGUAUGGACCAUAUCUAUAGGAGUGUCAACGCCGAUCCCGGUCAUCGGCCUUCACAACAAGGACAAGGUGUUUGUCAACGGUAGUUGUGUCCUCAACGAGCAGCACUUCAUGCUGAUUGGCUCCUUCGUGGCCUUCUUCAUCCCAUUGGUGAUUAUGGUGGUGUCCUACUGCCUCACCAUACAGGUCCUCCAACGCCAGGAGACCGUCUUCCUCUACGAGGGGAAGACGUCCUCCCAGCAGCCACUGCAGCCUCCCACUACACCCUUAUACCAGCGACCCCCGCCUUCAAACUUGCAAGUCCCUCCCAUAAACAUUGAGGCUCCUCCCCCCAGCAGACAAGGCAGUCUGACCUGCCUGAAAGGUGUAGUGCCUGAGCAGCAGACUGGCCUCUUAAGCACCUCACCCUCAGAUAGCAUCAGCCUAAUGCCGGGUUCCGAGAUGCCAUCCCAGCUGAGCUCACCUUCGGGGCGUGAUCCGAGAGAUAGUCACGGGAGACGGGGGAUGAUGCAGGCCAUUAAGAAUGAGAGGCGGGCAUCCAAGGUGCUGGGGAUCGUCUUCUUCCUGUUUCUGAUCAUGUGGUGCCCGUUCUUCAUCACCAACGUCACUUACGUCCUCUGCCAGGGUUCGUGUAAUGAGCCCCUUCUGGCCGAGCUCCUCAACGUCUUCGUAUGGGUGGGAUACGUAUCUUCCGGCGUCAACCCUUUAGUUUACACGCUGUUCAACAAGACAUACAGACGGGCAUUUUCUAGCUACAUACGUUGUCAGUACAACACGGGUCCGAAUGCAGCGAUCAGUAAUAAGUCGUUGGCCAUUCCCACAAUACAUUGUCCAUCGUAUGCAGUUACGCCCAUACUUGGACAUCCCGGUGGGAACGGGAAGAUGGGAGGUGUAGACCGGAAUAGUAACUGUCGAAAUGGAAGGGGCGGGGCGGAUGGGAAUGGGAUUAUCAUAGUGGUAGAGCCUGAAGAUACCACAGACGACGGAAUGGCAAUAGAGAUGGAAUGCCCCAGAAUAAUGUCAGAAUUGGAACCCAGAAUGUCUGAGUUAAAGUUGUCCGUCAACAGCUUCCGCCAUGGUCACCUGGAGCGCACCAGCAGCGUCUGAUUGGUUAAUUGGAUGUCAUCAGCUCAGUCUCUGUGGUUGAUGAUGGAUGGACAGAGGAUUGUCUAUUUUGAUGUGUGUGAGAUCAGGGGACAAUACUGGAUUUGUUUUAUGGUUUAGUAGUGGACAAAUAUAAAAGGCCCGAUCAAGACCAUAGAGAUUUUAGGGAGCCUUUCUUCUAUACACUUGGAAAGCCCUUCUAAAGCAGGCGUUGUGGCACAAGAGCUCUCUAUUCAUCUCUAUGGAUUCACCUAGACCUAAAAGUUCAAACUGACCACUAUCGUUUUAAACUAAUCUAACGUAGCAGAUGUCAAAGAAAAGCCUGAGCGAGGUUCCCACUUACGGUUUUCAGGGUUGUAGGAAGCAAAGUUGAACAAGCUUUAUCCCUGAAAACCGAAAACGUCUGGGUUUCUACCCACGCUGUGAAGGCAUCAAGAAGGAAGAAAAGAAACCAUGAACAAGGCUAAACCGAACUGUAAUAUUAUUCUUAGUAACAGUUGUUUAUAUAUUAUAAGGGGUUACAACUGGGUAUGGCAUUACAUAACAAAACUAAUCAGAAUUUUUUGUGGGCAUGGUGAAUAAUAGUAACUAGAUAGACUAGUAAUGUUGAACUAUGAAGGAAUGUAACUGAACAACGUGAACCCACUAAAGCUCCAAUGACAGUGUCACAGUGCCACCUUGUGGUGCCUGUUAUGAAUGCAUGACAAAUCAUUUUCCGGAGGGCCUGUGGAUGAAGGGGUUGGAAACACUGGUCUGAGUACAGGAUCUCUCCCACGCAUCAUAAUGAGUUACCUCAAGCAGAUUUACACAACACUCUUUAUGAUGAGAUCAGAUCAGAACUAGGGAUAUUUAACCUGGUUCUCUAUGAUGCUUCAUGUAUUGGGGUUCUGCACGGCUUCGGCGUGUGCAAACAUUUGUUACGCACGUUUAGCCUAAUUAGGUCUCAGUGUUUUCCAGUCUUGAGCAGAACAUAAACCCACCUCCACUACCAAUGACCACUGUCUACAUCGCAACUGCCACCACAGCUAAAUCCUUAAUACAUUAGUAACUCUAUAGGCCUAUACAUUAUAAUCCUGUCUGACCAACAACGUUAUUCCUACAACCCAUCCCCGACGCUGCCGCAACCGCCACACCAGAGCACCUGAAUGAAUGUAUCUAUGACAACAUCUGACCCCUCUACACAGGUCAAAAAAGUAUCAAUUCACUCGGUCAAGUGCUCUCUUGUAAGGAAGGUGGAACAUAAGUCCUGACCAAUGCUUGGAAUGUUGGACGUUUUACCAGACAAAUGGCAGAGGUUUACCCUAUAAGCACAGGACGUUGUAAGUCCUCUUUCAACAGCUUGUGCUCACUGGGUCGCUACAGGCCAAUUGCCAUGUUUGACAGAAAGUCGGGAAAAAACAUUCUGCUAAAAGAAUGACAAGUGCAGAGGGGACGGCACCGAAAACUGUUAAGAGUCGGUUGUGGCUUGAUUCAAUAUUGAUUUGCAAACCGAUUGAUCAGCGGAGUGAAUAGGUAGCGUAAACAAUGUAUUUUAAGCUGUAUAUGUUUGCCGUAACAGUGUUUUGUAGGAUGUAGCUAGCUCUGGUCCAGGGCGUUAGUGUAGCUUGUUAACUCUAAUGUUACGUUCAUACAACAUUAAAUCUGCUUGAAUCCCCCUCCAAUUCAUAUUUACCAGUGAGAAACUAGUCUGUCAUCCUAGUCCCAACGACUUCUCCCACAUGCGGAACUCUAUUAUAGUUUUUUCAGCUGUUAAAUGCAACAAUAAAAUAUUUAUAUAAAAAUAAUUAAAGUUAUAAAUAACUAUAAAUAGUUAACAAGCAUAACAGAUAUACUUGUUUACAUUCGAGGGAACGUUACAAAUAAUAUUUUCCAAGUUUUGUCAUGAACGCAGCUUAAGCCUUGGUCCAGAGCUAGAGAUCUGUUAUGUGUUACAAUCAAUCAAUCGCUGUUUUUUAUACCAUUUACUUGUGAAUGUCUGUCAAUGACACUUGUCAUAUUUUUACUCUUUUAAGCAUCCACAUUAAAAUGUAUUUUUUUCUUAUUUGUAUUCGGUUUAAUGCUGCUAUUUAUUUAUUAUUAAACAGUCAUUUUAUUCUGUGCGCAGACUCCCACUUUUGCUUACACAUUUUCAGCUCAGAUGUUUUUUUUAUGACAGUUGUCUUUUCUAGGACCUUUUACUACUAAUAAAACACUGCAUACCCCAGCCAAUUAUAUUAUAGAAUACAACAUGCAAAUGGCUCAUACUGGCUGGUAUAGAAGGGUGGGAUAAACAUUAUGAAAACAACCAGAGGUCCCUAUCUAUACAGACACAAAAAUAUAUAUUACAGAACGUGCUGACAUCAGUCUACUUUAGAGGGGUCAUUAUGAAUAACAUUAAAGUAACAUCUAAUGUCUUAAAAUCUGAAAAUGUAUUUUGAAUUUUUAACAAGAUUUAUUUUUUAGGAAAUUGACAGUGAAAGCAUUGAGAAAUGUAUUAUAGAAGUUACCCCAUGUUGUCUGAUGUGAUAUGACAAAAGGUGUAACGUAGGAAUCUGUGCAAAGCAACACUUUUUCUGGUCAAGAGCUAUGAGCUGCAGAUGGUGAAAUGUAAUGCAAUGACUGAUCAACAGUUAGAUCAAAAUUAUACUUUGUUAACACCAAUUCCAGAUUGCCUCUUUAAUUCUAGACAGCAGGCUUUGAAAUAUAUUUAUGUCUUUAAGCAAAUCUUAAGGCAUAAUCCCACUUGCAAAAUAUUUGUUUGGCAGGUACUUGGUGUGCUAGCAGAAAUUAUCAGGUUACUGACAUUUCUACAGAGUUUUACCUUGCAAAUCGAUUUAGUUAAUCUUAUAUGACUAAACUUGAAAUGGUUGAGACUUGAGCUUUAUUUAAUCCAAAAACGUGUUUUAUUGCAGUAAAUGCAUCAUAAUCUGUUUUGCAUAAUUGUUGUUGAAUCAUUUGACUGCACAGUAACCCUACACUGUUUACUAAUCUAUUAAUUAACACAUGUAAACUUGUAACUUAGAAUGCCAGCUGACAAUAUCUGACCAUACUUGGGCUCUCAAGCAAUGCAAUAUAUUGUGUGCAUUUUCCCAUUUGGUUGUAGCCCCAUGCAUAGAGGAGAUAAGAGUUCCAGCCCAUUACCACCCACGAAAAUAGAUAGCAAGAAAGCUACUUAGCAAACCAGCUGGAAAAUGUUAGGUAAUAAGCAUGCAGUUAAACCUGUUAGUUGGAGCAAAUGACCAAGCUAAAGAAUAAUGCAUUAUAAUCUAACAUGGCAUACAUUGGUGAACCCUAGUAAUUGUAAUCUAACAUGGUGAACCCUAGUAAUUGUAAUCUAACAUGGGGAACACUAGUAAUUGUAAUCUAACAUGGUGAACCCUAGUAAUUGUAAUCUAACAUGGGGAACACUAGUAAUUGUAAUCUAACAUGGCACACAUUGGUGAACACUAGUAAUUGUAAUCUAACAUGGUGAACCCUAGUAAUUCGAAUCUAACAUGGGGAACACUAGUAAUUGUAAUGUAACAUGGUGAAGACUAGUAAUUGUAUCCACAGUAAACUGUGUAAUAGUAUCACUGAUAACCCCAGAUUUAUGCAAAUGAGAUGACAGCAUCAUUCUAGUGGCUGAAACAGGCAGAAUUUAAACAGGGUGGAUUGUACUCCACUUCCAAAGAUUGCCAUGAGACGAAGUAGAAUUUUAAUCUUUAGCAAUACAUUUUGUUUUGACGUAUUUUUAUGAAACACCAGUUUGAGGCUUAGAUGGUCCGGUGUUCUUUACCACAGCUUCCAGUUCACAGGUACUGCUGCAGCAUGAUUUCUUUUGGCAAAAACUCCUCUAACUUUCCUCACUGUCUUUGUCAAGAAUGCAUGAAAUGCCCCCACAAAACAUGUAGUAGGUUUUAAGUGGUUGAAUAAGAUCCAGUGAUCAAGGCAGGCAAUAAAGAUGCAUUUGUGUUUGAGAGGGACAGUCCACUACAGGUUUUAAUGUUGUACAGUUUCAUCAAACAGAGAAAUUAUUUUAUAUACUCUACAUGUUAUUGUGACAUUACUGUUUUUCUAUAUCUGAACAUUGACAACUAUUGUGUGA